UGUAGGGCGCCUGUGUAGGGAAUAGCGGGGCGUUUGGGAUUCAAUGAAUCUGGUGUUUCUAGCACAGCCGCGAAGUUAUGACCUUUUUUUCGACAUUCUUUUCUUUUAUUUCGACUUGACAGACAUUUUCUUUACGUAUCCCGAGAAUGUGAUUAACUAUAGUAAAGGUUAUUAUAUACAUUAUUAUUCAUGAAAGAGUAGGCGAGGCUGGGUUAGCUCGUGCGGCUAGCAGACGCUAACUGCAGCCUAGCUAGAACGCGAUAAUAUUGAUUACAUACAUAUUCAUACCCCGCAGGGUUUUUAUUAUUAUUAUUUAUUUAUUUUUAAUUCUUUAUUUCGGUUGUUUAGGUUUAUGUGAAGAAAAGUUUAUUGUUGGUUAACUGAAUCAGUGUGCAAGCUGACUUCAUCUCGGCUAACUACCUGUUUGGAGGCUAACCUAGCUACGAGUUUACCGUUAACUUAACUUCACUCCAGGCCUUGAACUCUUAUUCUCUACAUUCUAUAUUGUUUCGGUGAAAAGGUAUAUUUUUGAAGAAAUGUAGCACGCGAGGCCAAAUAAUAAAACCGUAAAACUAGUUUAGCUUAGCUGUUUAGUGCGUGUUUGUGGAAAACCGCUAGCCAGCUCUAGAAGUUGGAACUCGUUAGCGUGCCAUUAGGGUGUGUGAGCGCGCGCCGUUAGCUAACCAUAUCACAACCUGGUGCCUAGCUCUAAUUUUACUUUAAACUAAUAAAUAUUAACACAACUCACAUUUUAGUUGAUGGGCUUCACUUAGUAACUAGUAAUGUGUUAGUGUGUAACUAUGCGCGAACGUCUUAUAGCAUGCUAGCUGAGUCAAAUCUAGCUCGUGCCAUAUAUAAGCGCUUUACGCCACAGCGCUGUUGAGUUCUCGAUUCUGAUUGGUCAGAAGGUGGUGUUCGGUUUUCUAUAGCAGCAGCAGCUCUGACAGUAAGUAGUUCCGGCUCUGAGGCUCAUAUCAAUGCGCUCGUUCGAAUAUCGCUCAUUCACGGUGACUUGUAUCGCAGACGCACUAUUUGUUCAUAUCUGAUUAAUUUAUCAGCAGGACGUACGUAAUAAACUUUUACACGUUUCCUCGGUGAUAAAACUCUCAUCCGGACAGCAAUAAAACGAUCAUGGGAGUCCCUAUCUAUCGGGUUGUAUUUUGGUCGUAUGAUCACACUCCGUUCACACCAUGGUGUCAGAGACGUGGCGUCACUGCCUCUUAUUGCAGUUUGGGGUGAGCCAAAGUUCCGGCAUUAAUUUUGAAAAUAUGAUGAAACAAAGGUGACGGGACGAAGCAUCUGUGCUUCGUUUUGCAAUUUGAGAAGUGACGUAUUUCGGGGAGGGUCACUGAUACGCAUGCUACGAGAUUAAAUAGGGCAAGUAGCAGCAGUUGGCCAUUAUCUUUUUUUUCUUACGUGAGUCAAUGUAUGUAUAGAAAAUCAUGGAAUACCGUAAUAAACGGACGUUGAGGAAUAGCACACUUCAGGACGUGGUAGUGGUAACUGCACUUUGCAUCAGCCUUGUCUCUUACUUGUUUUUAUAGCAGUUUCUAGAAAUGGCAUGAUACCAGUACGUAUACUAAAAAUCUGCCGAUACCCAUGUGAUGUUUUUUUUAAUCCAAUGUGGUGUUUUUUUUUUGUUGUUUGUUUGUUUUUGGUCGCCGAUAUCUGAGCCACCGUUUUGGCUCGGUGCCAUCUCAUGGAUGCGGUGUCUCCUCUUUGCAGAAAUGUGUUUCUGCUGGCAUGCGCUUGGUUUCAUCAUCCGUUCUUCUUUCUUUGAUUUGAAUUUCGAGUAAUUCCCGGUUCCAGCCCGCUCAAACAUUUCUCCAAGUAAUUCAGUUUCCAUCGCGCAAAUCGAAUUAAUCCUCUCAAUUAGCCGAAAGGUUCUGACGUCACUCGUUCUGGGAAAAGUGGAACAAGCCAUCUAAUAAAGGGACGCGAGGAGAGUAAACAGAAACGUCGCUGGGAACGUCGUCUGGUCUCGGUGGACGUUGCUCGCCGUGUCUCCAGAUGCCUGAGCCGUCAGAAAGACGUCGGCGUUCCGGCGAGGUUUGAACCCUCCCCACAGAGUGAAGUCCAUCUCCAUGACAACCUUCACGCAACAGGAAAUAGAAUUUCUACAGAAGCAUGGAAAUGAGGUGUGCAAACAGAUAUGGCUGGGCCUCUACGACGACAGAAGCUCGGCUGUGCCUGACUUCAGGGAACCGCAGAAAGUCAAAGAGUUCCUCCAGGAAAAAUACGAGAAGAAGCGAUGGUAUAUUCCUCCAGACCAAGCCAAGGUGGUAGCCUCGGUCCAUGCCUCGAUGUCGGGCUCCUCCGCCAGCAGCACGAGCAGCACUCCGGAAGUGCGGCCGCUGAAAACCCUACUGGGAGAUUCAGCGCCUGCUCUACACCUGAGCAGAAACACACCCAGCCAGUCCCCUGUAGUGUCACGUGUUCAGUUGAGCCAUCAGGACAGGAAGUUCGAUCUGCUCAGCGAUCUGGGCGGAGACAUCUUUGCCGCUCCGGUGUCACAGUCCGCGGGCAGCUCCGGCUUCGCCAACUUUGCCAAUUUCAACAGCCAUCCAGCAGCACAGAAUGCUAACGCUAGCACAGAUUUUGCGAAUUUCGAUGCGUUCGGGAGUUCUGCCGCCGCCACCGUGCCGAGUGCUGCUGCGUUUCCCUCUGCCCCACAAGCACCAUUUCAGCCUGCACAAACAGGUGGCUCAGCAGGACUGGCCAACGCCAACUUUGCCAACUUUGACAACUUCCCCAAGUCUUGCAGUGCCGACUUUGCCACGUACGGCUCCACCCAGGCCAACUGCUCUGGGGGUGGGGCUAAAGCAGAUGGAGGAGCUGUACCUGCUGACAGGUACGCUGCUCUUGCUGACCUGGACAACAUCUUCAGCUCUGGCAAAACUGACCAAGGUUCGAGCUCGGCUCCUCCCUCUGCAGGUGUGGGUCCGCCCCCUCCUCAGGCAGCCAUGUUGGGGGGCGAUCGCUACGCUGCACUGGCUGUGCUAGACACCGGCUUCAGCAUUCCAGCCCCCAGCAACAGCAGCUUUGGCGCUGUCACCAGUACCCCAGGGGCUGUGUUUGGAGCUCCUCCUGGAGUAUCUGCACCACAACCUCAGCAGGCGGUGCUGCCCCAGGGCUUCGGAGGCCCAUCAACGAAUCCCUUUGUAUCGACUGGUAUACCACAAGCUGCUCCGCCCUCAAAUCCAUUUCAGGCCAAUGGGAGACCAGCAGCAGCCUCGUUCGGUCCCGGCUCUAUGAGCAUGCCUGCUGGCUUUAGUAACACGCCUGCCUACAACCUCCCCACAAGCUUCAGCGGAAACUUCCAGCAGGCCUUUCCUGGGCAGGGCUUCCCUCAGCCGCAGGCCUACGCUCAGCAACCUAAUGGUGGAGGUUUUGCUGCAUUUGGUCAAGGCAAAGCUGCUGUAGCUCAAUUUGGACAGAACAUGGCAGCACCUGGAGUCACUAAUAACCCAUUUUUGGUGUGUACUGCUUUUAAUCAUUGCUUAUGCUUACUAUAUUUACUGUUUUUACUACUGAGUAGACAACCUGCAGUACUUGGAUACUGUGUGGUGGUGGUGUAUGCCUAAAUUAUCCUCAGUUAUGGAUUUUUAUCGUGUCUGUGUGUGUCUUCAGGCCGGAGCACCAGUGGCACAGUACCCUGCAGGAAGUUCCUCCACGAACCCUUUCUUAUAGCACCCCCACUCUGAACAACCCCCUGGCGGCGUGAGACACUUGCUCGCACCUCUUGCACUGUUUUGUUAUUCCAAGUAGCUUUAAAGACAUGUUUCUAAAGACUUUUUUUAUCAUGUUAGUACAAAUGACAACGUUGCACCUAACAAAGGGUGUCAUGUAAGACGACGAUCCGUCUGUAAACAACCGAAAACACAAAACAAGGUAUCGGGGUGCCUACAGGAAGGGGCUCGUUUCCUUCUUUCCUUUGCUGAAUCUGUGAAAUUUUCCGGCCUGGGAAUAAUGAUCCGUUUGAGCUAAGUUAUUUCAAAGUGGUCCUGUGCAUUUUAAUGCUGCGCUCCUGUACACAUCUAUUUUCUCAGAAAGGGGCAGAAAUUUAGCUCGUGUGCAUAUCAGUAUUUAUAUCUUAAUCUCACACGUUCACAUACACAAAACUUCAACUUCCUGUCUGUCAGAACGAUCUGCUUAAUGCCCGUACACUUAAAGGAUGACUAGAGGAGAGAAAGAGAGGGAGAGUGCGAGAGACUCUACCAAAGAAGAGCAUCUCUGCAAUCUUUGCUAUUUUUUUUUUUUCUUUUUUUUUUUCUUUUCAUAUUUUUCAUCAUCUUACUCGGUGGCUGUAAGGAGUUUCAGACUGGCAUCACUCCCAGACUCUCACCUGGACAGGUGCUAUACAGAGACUCCUAAACUCAUACCACUUAAGUCAAAUGUUACAUGAAUUUAAGUUAAUGUAUGUACGUGUGUUUGUGUGUGUGUGCGCGCGUGCGUGUGUAUGUGUAUAAACAUACAUAUAUAAAUAUAUAUAUUAAAAUUAAUUUUAAUUAAGAAA